AUGGCAGCUCUACGCACAGCAUCGCGCUUGGUGGCGCCCGCCCGAGCUACCAUUCGAUCCUCCUACGCUGCGAGAUCAUACGCCACCGUCACCAAGGACAGUGCGUACGAUCUGUCUGCCAGUCGACCGCCAGUUUCUCCCUCCAAGACCAGCACGGUGCAAGAGCCACGACCGGACAAGGAUGCAAAGAUCAAGACAUUCCACAUCUACAGAUGGAACCCCGACGAGCCAACGUCGAAGCCGAGGAUGCAAACAUACACUCUGGACUUGAACAAGACUGGGCCUAUGAUGCUGGAUGCGCUGAUCCGAAUCAAGAAUGAGGUAGACCCGACGCUGACCUUCCGUCGAAGCUGUCGAGAGGGUAUUUGUGGCAGCUGCGCCAUGAACAUUGACGGAGUGAACACUCUUGCUUGUCUCUGCAGAAUUCCCACCGAUACAGCGAAGGAGUCCCGGAUCUACCCCCUGCCGCAUACCUACGUGGUCAAAGACUUGGUUCCUGACCUCACGCAAUUCUACAAGCAAUACAAAUCAAUCAAGCCGUUCUUGCAACGAGACACAAAAUCACCAGAUGGCAAGGAAAACCGACAGUCACCAGCCGACCGCAAGAAGUUGGAUGGGCUAUAUGAAUGCAUUCUCUGCGCCUGUUGCUCGACCUCAUGCCCAUCUUAUUGGUGGAACAGUGACCAAUAUCUGGGCCCUGCCAUCCUCCUCCAAUCUUACCGCUGGCUAGCUGAUUCUCGGGACGAACGCAAGGCCGAACGCAAGGAAGCGCUGGACAACAGCAUGAGCUUAUACCGUUGCCAUACAAUUUUGAACUGCUCGAGGACUUGCCCUAAGGGGCUCAAUCCUGCAAAGGCAAUUGCAGAAAUCAAGAAGAGCUUGUCUUUUGCUUAG